ACUUUAUCAAGUGAUGAAGGACAGACUGGAACUGUCCUGUAAUUUUCUUCUGAAGGUUACCAUGUGUGUAUGAGAUUUACUGUAAGGCAUUUCCACACCUGAAAGUCUGGAUCAGAGUCUGAACCAAGCAAUAAUGUGGACCAUAUCUGUGCUGGGAUGUUUUUUAAUGGUACAGUUUUGUGGUGGCAGCACUCCUCGUACUGCAGGCCGAGACUUUGCCACAGCAUUCAUGCAAAAUUUCAUUGCGAACUAUGACAAACCUGUUUACCAACUUCAGAUCACCUCGCUUCACUCCAACUGUUGCGUGACGGUUUCGGUACCCAGCCUUCGCUUCACGCAAAAGGAGCAGCUGACUGCAGGCCAAGGAGUCUCCAUAUCACUUCCUGGAGGAGUGGAGUUGUACGGGAGCCAGAGAUCCAGUAACACCAUCCUCAUCCAGGCCACUCAAGAUGUGGUUAUCACGUCAAUGAAUUCCAAGUUGUACACUCAAGACAUUACGGUGGUCUAUCCAAUGCGGGAAUGGGGAGUCGAUUACAUGAUAGUCACGCCAAGCGUUUCUCCGCCGUCCACACAAACCCAGUUAAUGUUCGUCAAUGGAGACCAGCCUAAUACUGUGGAGGUUUCCCUUCGAGCAGAUGUUCAGUUUCAGGGAAAAGUCUACAUAGCUGGCAGUAAGCUAGUUGUUGAAACAGCCCCUUACGAAUCUGUCCAAAUUCAGAGCAAUAACUUCUUGACAGGUACUAGAAUACAGUCUCGCCUUCCCGUAGGUGUGUACACAGGUCACACCUGCACCUGGCUCUUUGCCAAGUGCAAUCACGUCUACGAUCAAUUGCUGCCUGUGCCAAGCUGGGGCACUCGAUACCUGGUGCCACCAAUGUCAGUACAAAGCCAAUACGACAGCGUCUUCGUCCAGGCGUCGCAGGCAACGAACGUCACUGUGCGUUCGUCGAGUUCUGCCAUAAAUGCCACGUUAAACCCCGGACAGGUGGUUGAGUACAAAGUCAGUUUCCCAAACGCCCUCAGUAUCACUGCAGACAAAGGUGUUCAGGUCAUUUUUAUGUUCAACGGGGUUCAAAUGUCGUGGUCGAAAAUGUACGACUCGUUCAUGAUUAAUCUGGUGUCCAAUGACACUUUCUGCUACUCAUACGCUUUGGGAGGGCAGGAUGGCUUCGACAACCGAGCGCUUCUGGUGGUGCCGAGCAAAGACGUCGCUGGAGUGAGGUUCAAUGGAGCUCCUUUAUCCAGUUCUGUCCAGUGGAGGGUGGUGGAAAAGAGUGAGUACUCCUGGGCUGAGCUGAUCUUCCAGCCAGGACUAGGAAGACACAACGUGACUCAUCCAAGUGCUGCCUUUGGAGUCUACAGCGUAGGGCUGGCGUUGAUGAAUGGAUAUGGAGCGUCAGCCCUUUGCACAGCACCCGUCAUCUGCACCAACCUCAAGUGUAACGUGGAUGAAGAUUGCCAGAUGAAGGACUUCACUCCCACCUGCGUGAAGAAACCUAAUCUGGACAAGGCUGGAUUCUGCUGGGCCAUGGGUGACCCUCACUACCGUAGUUUUGACGGCCGCUACUUUGACUUCAUGGGCGCCUGUACCUACGUCCUCACCAAGAACUGUGAAAGCAACAGCAGUUUACCAGCGUUUGAGGUUCAGACUCAAAAUGACAACCGAGGCAACACCCAGAUCUCCUUUGUGGCUUUGGUGAUUGUGAAAGUUGGAGGCAUCACCAUCACCAUCGAUCGGUUACAGAAGGGUCGUGUGACGGUUGACCAGACCGUCUGGACUCUUCCCGUUCUAAUCAACGAAGCUGGAGUGAAUGUUUCUCAGUCAGGCCUCUUGGUUACCGUUCAAACUGGUUUUGGUCUGACAGUUCAGUACGACUGGGAUAGCUAUCUUUUGGUGACCCUCCCUCCUUCCUUCAGGGGAAAAGUGUGUGGCCUGUGUGGAAACUUCAAUAGCAACCCGGACGAUGACCUGAUGACUCCAUCCAACACCCAGGCUCCUAGUGCGAUGGAAUUUGGCUGCAGCUGGAAAGUCUUGAAUCUGACAGAAUGCCUAGACUGUGAAAUCCGUGAUUUCCUGCCUCCUGUUAUGAGCUGUCCUGAUGCAGCACUGCAACAGUGGCUAGGUCCUCAGGACUGCGGAAUCCUAAACAUCACAUCUAAUGGACCCUUCAGCCGCUGCCUUGCUGUCAUCGAUCCGACUGUCUACAUACAGAACUGUCUAUAUGACACAUGCAUGAACGGUGGGCUCAGGUUGUACCUGUGUAAGGCUCUAGAGGUGUAUGCAGGCGCCUGCCAAAGAGCUGGAGUUCAACUUUCAGACUGGAGAGGAGUUGCCAAAUGCUCUUACAGCUGCACUGAAAACAGCCAUUACGAGCUGUGCGGGAGUGCCUGUCCUGCAACCUGUGUGAACCCCAGACCUCCAACUAACUGCUCUUUACCCUGCGUGGAGACCUGCACCUGCAACCCCGGUUACGUUCUGAGCGGCGUCAUCUGCGUACCAUCAAACAGCUGCGGCUGCUCCCAAAACGGACGCUACGUUCCGCCCGGGGAAUCUUUCUGGGCGAACGCUUCCUGCAGUACGCGAUGCCGCUGCCCAGAUGGAGGCGGGCAACUGGUGUGUGAGAAUACGGGCUGUAAGCUGGGGCAGCAGUGCCAGGUGGUGAAUGGCAUCAGGGACUGCUACGCGGUCUCUCAAAGCACCUGUUUGGUUGCCGGCGACCCCCAUUAUAUCACCUUCGAUGGGACUAGGUUUGACUUUCAGGGCAAUUGUGUAUACCUGCUGGUUGGUGUGUGCUCCAGUGAUCCAGGCCUGGUUCCGUUUGAAGUUCGGUCGCAGAAUGAGUUCCGGGGCAGCACCAAAGUCUCGUUCCUCAAAAUGCUGCAGGUCAAUGUCUACAACCUCACCAUCAUCAUCAGUCGAGAGUUUAAAGGCUCAGUUAUGGUCAAUGGCGCAUUGCUGCACCUUCCUCAAAAUCUGCUCAACGGUCAAGUUUUGGUCUUUAAGAGCGGCUGGUCGGCUGUGGUCCAGACAUCUUUUGGACUCACGGUGGCGUUCGACUGGAACAGCGUUGGAUCCGUCAGUGUUCCCAGUACCUACAUGGCAGCGGUCUGUGGCCUCUGCGGAAACUACAACAGUAAACCAGGCGAUGACCUGAUGCUCAGGGGCACCAACUUCUCCUCUUCCUCUCCAGAUAAUUUCGGGGAGAGUUGGAAGGUUGCAGAUGUUCCAGGCUGUGUUAAUGCCUGCAGUGGAAAUUGCAGCACAUGUGAAGCCGCCCAGCGACAGAUCUAUGCAUCAGCAGAUUACUGUGGGCUCAUUCUGGACCCCAAUGGACCCUUCACAGAGUGCCAAGCUCUGCUUGACCCCUCCUUGUUCUUUGAGAACUGUGUUUAUGAUGUCUGUGCGUACCUUGGCAGGAAAGACAUCCUGUGCCAGGCUAUCAGUGCCUACAUGUCCGCCUGUCAGGAUAUUGGAGCCAGAGUUUAUCCUUGGAGAACCGCCGAUUUCUGUGGAGUUCAGUGUCCUCCUCACAGUCAUUACGAUGUUUGUGGCCCGGGAUGUCCAGCCACCUGUUACGGCCUGGGACUUCCUCUCAGCUGUCAGCGGCCCUGUAAAGAGAGCUGUGUUUGUGACCAGGGCUUUAUUCUGAGUGGAGACGACUGUGUUCCUUUCUCUCAGUGUGGCUGUCUGUACAACGCUCAGUACUACUCACAAGGUCAGGUGUUUUACCCUGGCAGCCUGUGUCAGACAGAGUGCAGGUGCACGGAGAAUGGCCAGGUGGUUUGCAGGAACUUCUCAUGUGGCCCGUAUGAAUCGUGUGUGGUGGUGAAUGGCGUACGCCAGUGCCAGCCUGUGGGAAAUGCAGUGUGCCAGGCGUCGGGCGACCCCCACUACCUGUCGUUUGACGGGUUCCGCUACGACUUCCAGGGAAGCUGCCGUUACACGCUGUCCCAGUCGUGCGGCCUGCAGGGAACCAGCCUUGUGCCGUUCUCUGUGGAGGUGGAAAACGAGAGGUGGCCCAAUAGUUACGUGAAAGUUUCCGUCAGCAAACAGGUUUCCCUGGCUGUGUUUGGAUACACCUUUGUUCUGAGGCGAUCCACGGCCCAGAUUUUGGUAAAUGGGUUGUUGACCAACUUGCCCUGGAGCCUUAAUGACACUAAAGUGCGAAUCUACAAAGAAGGUACAAACUACGUGAUGAUGACCGAUUUUGGCCUUCGCGUAACCUAUGACCUGUGGUACUAUGUCACAGUCACUGUCCCCAGCUCCUAUCUCAACAGGACUUGCGGCCUGUGUGGAAAUUACGACGGAAAUCCUCGCAACGACCUCGUCCUGCCCUCUGGUAACACCACAACUGACGUUAACCUCUUCGGUAAGGCCUGGAAAGUCUUAAUUCCCGGAGUGGACUGUGUAGACUUUGACUCCGGCCCAGAUGCAGACUGCAACCCCAAACUCCGGGCUAUAUUUGAAGCACCGACGUACUGCGGGCUGAUCUCCGAUCCUUCUGGCCCGUUUGCGGCCUGCCACGCUGUGAUUGAUCCUUCAGGGUAUCUCCAGAACUGUGUUUUUGAUGUGUGUGUUUCUGGAGGCAGCAGUACCGUGGCCUGUCACGGUGUGGCGGCCUAUGCUUCCAAAUGCCAAACAGCUGGAGUGGUUAUCAAGAAAUGGAGAACAGACUCUUUCUGUCCCCUGUCCUGUCCACAGUUUAUGCAUUACGAGCUGUGUGCGGACACAGCCGCUGCUACCUGUCCAGGUCUAACUGACAUCAUACAGUAUUCCAGCCGCUGCGCUGAGGGCUGCACCUGCGACAUCGGAUAUCUCUUCAAUGGUCUGAGCUGCGUUCCGUAUGAGGACUGCGGCUGUAUGCGUGACGGGCGGAUGUUUAAGCCCAAUGAAGUUGUGUACCUGGGUCAGUGUCAGCAGAGGUGUGUGUGUGAUCCAGUGACGGGUCUGAUCUGUGAAUCUCCGUACAUCUGCCCUAACGGCACGCAGUGUGGUGUCAGAGCAGGUAUCCUCGGCUGCUUUCUAAUAGACCCUUGUCAAUACAUGCGCUGUGGUCUGAAUGAGAUCUGCAGGGUCUCAGCAGGUCAGGCUAUGUGCGUCCCAGCCUACAGCGCCACCUGCUGGGCGAGGGGUGACCCGCAUUACUUCACCUUCGACGGCUUUUACUACGACUUCCAGGGCACCUGCACGUACACGCUGUCUCAGACCUGCGGGCCCCUGAACGGCCUGGAGCCCUUCUCUGUGACGGAGAGUAACGAUAACCGCGGGAGCACCUCCUACUCUUACGUACGAGAGGUGGAGGUGAAGGUGUACGGCAUCACCAUCACCAUACAGAAGUACCAGUGGGGUCAAGUCACGGUGGAUGGAGAGAAGCUUUACCUGCCCCUCAUGCUUCUGGACCACCGGGUGCAGGUCCAGCAGGUGGGCUCUUACGCAGUUGUGCAAACUGAUUUCGGUCUGCAGUUAAAGUACGACUGGAACUCGGACGUAAACCUGCAGCUGCCCGGCCAAUACUACCAGCAUGUGUGUGGCCUCUGCGGAAACUUCAACGGAAAUCAAAGCGACGAGCUGAUUGGUCCAGGAGGCGUCCAGCAGGCCACAGUGAUCCAGUGGGCCAGCAGCUGGAGAACCAACGCUUCUGAGCCGGGCUGCAGAGACACCUGCGACUCAAACUGUCCUGUGUGUUCAAGUGACCAACAGAAACUGUACAACUCCGACGCUUACUGUGGAGUCCUGAGCACCUCGGACCUGUUUAAGCCCUGCAGUUCUAAAGUGGACCCCGCGGUGUUCCAGAAGACCUGUGUGUAUGACUUGUGUCUCAGUAAUGGAAACCACAGGAUGCUCUGUGAUGCUCUGCAGUCGUACGCCAGCAUGUGUCGUAUGGCGGACGUCGUCCUUUUGGGCUGGAGAGAGAAAUUCAACUGCCCCAUGCGAUGCCAGCCGAACAGUCACUACGAGGGCUGUGCCACCUCUUUCAAUACCACCUGCCCAACCCCACAGCAACAGCCUAACCGCACAGGUGUGUGUGUGGAGGCGUGUGUGUGUGACCCAGGCUUCCUGCUCAGUGGCAGCACCUGUGUACCCGCCGCUCAGUGUGGCUGCUACUACGAGGGCCACUACUACCAGCUGGGCCAGGGCUUCUGGGCCGACAAGUAUCAGUGUAGGUGGUGUGUGUGCGACCCCGGUCUGAGCGUGGUGAUCUGCUAUUAUGCUCCCUGCUUACCGGAUGGGGCUGUGGUGGACGGACCUACGUGGGCCACCUGUGAAGCGUUCGGUGACCCUCAUUACCGCACAUUCGAUGGGCUGGCGUUUGACUUCCAGGGUACCAGCGUGUACCAGCUGGUGGCGCUGUGCUCUAACAGAACAUAUCUGGCGCCUUUUAAUGUGACGGUGCAGAACGAGAACCGAGGCCGGUCGGCGGUGAGCUUCACCAGGGCGGUGACGGUGUCGGUGUUCGGGGUCGUCAUCACCAUAACCAGAGAGUACCCACGUCAAGUACUGUUUAAUGGAGUGCUGAUGGAGCUCCCUCUCGAGAUGCAGAACAUGCUCGUGAUUCAUCAUGGAGGAAACGCCGCGGUGCUGGAGACGUCCUUUGGCCUGCGGGUGACCUUCGACUGGAUCAGCACGCUCCGGGUCACUCUGCCGAACUCGUACAGCGGAGCAGUGUGUGGUUUGUGCGGGAAUUUUAACGGCAGUACUCAGGAUGACAUGGCCAUGCCCGGCGGCAGCUUGGCGCCCAAUGCCUGGGUGCUGGGCCAGAGCUGGCAGGUUGGCGGCACACCUGACAGCAGCUCAGGUCCCCCGCCCACCCAAAACUGCACCGCUGCGCAGAUGGAGGAGGCAAAGCGCCUCUGCAGCAUCAUCUCUGACCCGGCAGGUCCGUUUAGAGCGUGCCACCGCGUAGUUGUCCCCGGACCCUAUGAGAACGACUGUGUGUUUGAUACCUGCCAGUAUCCGGGGCUCCAGAGCGUGCUGUGUGACGCGGUGGCAGCGUACGUUUCCGUCUGUCAGAGUAAAGGCGUGACCCUGCAGCCCUGGAGAAACAACACCUUCUGCCCUCAGUUCUGCCCACCGCACAGUAACUACAGCCUGUGCGUGCCCGGCUGUGUGCAGACCUGUGCCAGCGUGUCCUGGUCCUGCAGCAGGUCCUGCGCUGAAGGCUGCCAGUGCGAGCCGGGCUACGUGUUCAGCGGUCAGGCCUGCGUGCCUCUGGCUGACUGCGGCUGUUUUUACGGGGGGCGGUACUACAGGAAGGACCAGGUGUUUUACUCGGACCUGCGGUGUCAGGUGAAGUGUAGGUGUGGGGAGAACGGGGCCGUGAGCUGCCAGAAGGUCAGCUGCGGGCCGAGCGAGACGUGCGGGCUGGUGAACGGGGUGCUGGGCUGCAGACCCAGAGGAAACGGCGUCUGCACGGCUACCGGAGACCCGCACUACACGUCGUUUGACGGGCGGGUGUUUGACUUUCAGGGGGUGUGUGUGUACACUCUGGCCGCAGUGUGUCAGGGUGACGGGCUGGAGUUUUUCUCUGUGAAGACGGAGAACGAAGGUGCUGGACGGGUGUCUGAAGUUAAAGCCGUGACCGUGUUCGUCUACAACACCACAAUCUGCAUCAGACUCACCCCACAGUGGAGAGUGAUGGUGAACUCUGAGGUCAUCAACCUUCCAGCGGUGCUGAACAGCGGCAGGAUCCUGCUGACUGCGGUCGGCCUUUCGGUCAACCUCAGAACCGACUUCGGGCUGCAGGUCUUCCACUCUUUCGGCCGUGUCGUGGUCCAGGUCCCUAGUAACUACAACAACAGCAUGUGUGGAUUAUGUGGAAACUACAACGGUGACCCCAGCGAUGACUUCCUGCUGCCCGGAGGAAACCGCACCACCGAUGUAGAUGCUUUUGGACAGGCCUGGGCGCUGACGCCCCCUGGUGUGUCGUGUAGAGGCUGCGACGGGGUUUGUCCACAGUGUGAUCCGGCCAAAGAAGCGCUGUACCGCAGAAACGACUCCUGCGGCAUUAUCUCCUCACCUAUUGGUCCUUUUAGCUGCUGCCAUACGCUGGUGGAUCCUCAGGUGUUCGUGAACAACUGUGUGUUUGAUAUGUGUGCCAUGAAUGGAGACCGGACCGUCCUGUGCCAGAGUCUCCAAGCUUAUGCCACGGCGUGCCAGCAAGCAGGAGCGGCUAUCCAGACCUGGAGGAACAUCAGCUUGUGCCCCGUCCAAUGUCCACCAAACAGCCACUACUCGCUCUGCUCUGACAACUGUGCCAACACCUGUGCCAGCCUGGCCUUGUAUGGGAGUGUAUGCCCGGCGGGCUGUGUGGAGGGCUGCCAGUGUGACGAGGGCUUUGUGUGGAGUGGGGGCGAGUGUGUGCCUGUGAGGAACUGCGGGUGUGUUUAUAACGGGACAUACCUGAAGGUUGGAGAAUCAUAUGUUUCCUCAUCCUGUGGGGAGAGGUAUGUUUGCCAGCCUGGUGGAGAUCUGCUGCUCCAAGCUCAAGCCUGCAGCCCUGGGGAGGUGUGUGAGAUCCGGGACGGGUCUCGCGGGUGCUACCCUGCCCCGGGGCAGUGUGUGAUCUCCUCUGAUACCCAGAUCCUGACGUUCGAUGGGGUUCAGGCGAAGGUGGACCAGGCUGGAGCUUUUCAGAUGGCCUUCCUGUGUGAUGAUCGGUCUCCAGACUGGUUCCGGGUGGUCAUAAAUGUCCAGAACUGUGCUUCAUAUGCCGGCCCCGGGGUGUUCAGCAUCUACGUGUACUUUGAGGGCACGUCCAUCACCGUUAACUUUCAGAAAGUAUGCUGGGUGAAUGGAAGGAAGGUGGCGUACCCCAGUACUCCAGUCAGAGACGUGAUGAUCAGGUAUACUGGGAGCAGUGUGGUGAUUGAGAGAGGCUCCAGUAUUAAAGUGGAGUACACCGACAGUUUGCAGGUCACACUGACCGUCAGUGACCGUCUGGCCGGCGGGGUGUGUGGAGCCUGUGGCAACUUCAACAAAAACCGUGCAGACGACCUGGUAGCAGCUAAUGGGACGAGCUUCUGGAACGCUGAGGAUUUCUUCAGAUGCGGGCAGUAAAACUACAGAGAAGAACCCUCAGCUCUGCGCAGUCUGCGGAUCUCUUCAGUAAAUUGUUUUGUUUUUUGGGGAGCUUUUUAAUGAUAUCUAAUGUUUUUAUAUACUCUUUCCUCAUAUUUGUUAACUGUGAAAACACUUUAAUACCAUGUUACUGCUUUUAUAUUCACGUUGUUGUAGGUUGUGUUAGAAUAAGACUGAAUUAAACUCUAUUAUAUUAAAAUAUUAAAUUCUAUGACUCUAAUAAUAAAAAUACUAAAUAUUGGCAUUACUGUUAAAGAUUCAGGUACACUUAUAACUUCUGUAACAGUACUCUGUUCUGUACAAAUCUCUAAAUAAUCAAUAAAGACUUUAAAUUA